GACAGAUGGUAUAAGGAAAGUGAAUGUUAUUGAACUCCUCUCAGGUUCAGGUUCAGGAUGGAGCUGGAAACCAGUCUGACAGACCAUUUAAACAUCGUGUCAGUGAUAGUAUCAGGGCCCUGCCCUUCAUACAUGGAAGUGUCCACAUCAGACUGAUGAUGAUUUGAAGUCUGGAUCUUCUGGUUCUUUGAAACUGGAGCUUUUAAAAAGGUUCAGACUGAAUGACAGUUACAGAUCUGAUUUUAUAUGAGAAUCUGCAGGUUAUUGAAAAAUCAUCAUGAUUAUCUGUUAUCUAUCACAUGGCCACAUCUCCUCUGUACUGGUCUCUCUCCUCACUGGUUACCAUUUUGAAACAGUUUCAAAGAACCAAAAAAUCCAGACUCAUGUCAAAUUUUUAUCAAAUAAUCAAUACAAUAAAAAAUUCAGUUGAUAUAGUUUCACUUGUCAAACACUGAGGGAACCAGCCCAAAGUCUGUCACCACCCUCACUUCCUCCUCCUCCUCCUGCUCCUCUGUCACCUCAGACCAAGAGUCAGACUCUGUUCUUCAUUCAGACCGAGCUGACUGAGCAACUCUUCUUCCUCUGUGAGUAUCAUUAUCAUCAACAUCACUGCGGGUUAAUCAUUGUUCUCAGCUCACAGAAAAUGGAACAAACAGCUGAUUUAGUUUGAAAACGUUUUUCUGUUAAUGUUCAGAAGAGAUUUAAAACUGAUUUACCUUUACAGCCUCUCUCUUUCUUUAACUACCUAAUUGUGUUUUAUUCAUUUUUUCGCUAACAGAGAUCCUGUGUGAUUAGAUGAGAUCUCACUCCUGUUUUCUUUUCCCUCCUCUGACACAGUGACAUCAGACUGUUCCCAGCUGAUUGUUUGCUGAUAUGACGACUCGAUCUGAAACAUCAGGCUUCAACACAGAGGUUAACCCGACCCCUUCACACACCCUCCUCCAAUCACCAAUCAUGUCUUAUGAUGCCAGUCACCAUGUCAUGAGUCCUUGUCACUGGUUGGACGACUCAACUCAAUCACUGAGCUCUGCUUACAUCACGCCUCCUCCUUCCUCGUCAUAUGGUGAUCCUGCUAUGACCACGCCCCCCACCUGCCUCCUCUCCUCAACACCUGGAUGGAAUAGUUACUAUGGCAACUUUUAUCCCUCCCCCUCCUCCAACCCUUCUGGUGAUUGGAUGUUACCCAGCAAGCUGUCAUGGGGGCCGGAUGGUCUGCCAGAGCAGCGUGAGUGUGUGAGCUGUGGGACAAGCAAUGCCCCCCUAUGGAGGAGAGACGCUGUCGGUCGUCACUUGUGUCACACCUGCAGCCUCCAACAGAAGACCAGCAACAAACCACUGCUGAGACCAAAGCGGAAAACUACGGUGACUCAGAGAAAAGGGACUCAAUGUGUGAACUGUGACACAGUAACAACAACACUGUGGAGGCGAAACAGUGCAGGAGAACCAGUCUGCAACGCCUGUGGCCUGUACUACAAACUACACCAGGUCAACAGGCCACUGACGAUGAAGAAAGAUGGAAUCCAAACCAGAAACCGUAAAGUGACCAGUAAGAACAAGAUGAGCAGGAGAAGCGACAAAUCAGAGAAAAAGCAGUCAAGGCUGGCCCCUCCCACUGAGGAGGUCACCUUUCAGUCCUUCACACAGCUGCUGCCCUGUGACCUGUGCACCUCCUCCUCCUCCUCUCUGCAGCUCUGCUGAACAUCAGCUAUGGAACUAUUUUCUUGCUGCUCACAGAAUUAUAGAUCUGAGGAGCUGUAGCACAGAGGCAUUGGGUGGAUGAAUACACCUUUGCGAAGUAGUUCCAGUUUACUUAACACAGGCUCCAUCUGUUGUUACUGUUGAAGAAAGUUUGUUUUUGUGUGUAAAAGUGUUUUGACUUGUUACUUGUGCAGAGUUUGUUUAUUUCUAAUUAACCUGUGACCUGUGUCCUUCACACUGCAUUCAUAUACAUGUAAAAUAAUUACAUUCUAGUCGUGAAGUAUAGUAACCAAAAUCCAGUUGUCGUUAGAGUCCAAUGUCUUUCUGAUGCAUGCUGGGAAAUGUGCUCUGCUUCUUUUAUUGGACUUUCCCUCUGUUCUGCACUUCUUUAUUCUCCCUCUCUCUCUCCUUCACACUGAGGCAUUAUCCCUGUUUUGUUUUUUUUGUUGUGAUUUUUCUGGAAGACCUGUAAAUAUACAUAUCUGUUUCCAGUCUUUGUGCUAAGCUAGGCUAAACCUGUGCUCUAUUGGACCCUAAGGUGAAACUGAUCAGAGUCAUUUGACUGUGGAUGAGAUACAAUAAAUAGUGAAAAUAGUGACUCAGUGUGUGUGUGUGUGUGUGUGUGUGUGUGUGUGUGUUGUGUGUGUGUGUGUGUGUGUGUGUGUGUGUGUGUGUGUGUAAAUGAAAACCUGUAAAUGUAAAUGACACAUUUUUUUGGGGGGGGGAUAACUGUGUCUGUGAAUCAUUUCUUGAUCUGUCUGUGUGUAUUUACCAGGUUUGAAUAAA